AAGUGCAGUACUUUGAAAAAACUUAUUCAAAGAAGAACUAAGUCUACGAAAUAGAGAUGCACUUUCUGAUGGUACUCGUGAUAAUUGCUCUUUUGGCCAUGGCCUUUGUGAGUGCAAGCCCACUUCCCCAUCCAAGUGGAGAAGUUAUCGUUAUUGUCAACCCAAAAGCCCCAGUUGACUGGUGCUCUACAACAUCAGCGGCUUAAAUUCGAAAAUACAAAAAUAUUUAGAAAUUCUCCCCCGAUGCAAUUUCUCAAACACAAAAUAUGAAAUGAGCAACUGAUAAAUCACCAAUAAAGAAAAUAAAAAUAAAACUUAUUCAGGGUAAAACUUUUAAAUACGUUUUUUGGUCUU